AUGAGUGGAGCGUAUCAACUGUUAUUAGAUUGCCUACACCCAACUAAAAUAGACUCGUUAGGAGAAGGUAGUGAAUUGUUUCAUAUCAAUACCAAAUAUCACAAAUUAUUACAACUGCCAUUUCUAUAUGGCUUCAAAAUGAAUGCAAUUUUCUCAUUCCCAAACAACUACAAAUACCACUUAUUUAACGUUGGAGUUUUCCCAAUAGAACCCUCAACAGAAGAGGAAAAACAACAUCUCGACACAUUGAUUUCAUUUUUAUUAGAAGCAAGUAGACAAACAAUUUUCGAAGAGAAUGAGUGGAUUAAACAAAUAACCCAAGAGUCUAUAGGAAGAAAGAGACUAACAAACACACUAUCUACCACAUCUGAUUUUUCAAAAGGUGACAAGUUGGUUAUUCAUUGGCAAAAAACAACAGAAACGUCAUUGACAACUACCGUUACACUAAAAGAGUAUCUCUUCGAAAUAAGUACCAUUCCUCGUCAAGGUAAUAUUCCAAAAGAUAUUUUCUUUGGUGAGAUUGAUCAUUCCUCUCAACCAGUUUUUGUAAAAAUUUUCCAUUCCAAUAGAUUCAACCUUCCUCUCGGAAAUAUAUUUCUUCCUAGUGCAACAGUGGAAAAGAACGGAACACUUUGCUCUCAAUACAUGGAGAUAUCAAUCCAAGGGAAGGAGUUGAAUAGUAUUGCAAAAACAAGAUCACCUGCAGAAAAGAUACACAUCAUCAUCCAAUUACUUUUAGAAAUUGACAACAUUCACACAAAAAAAAUUAUUCACAACGACGUCAAACCAAGUAAUAUCAUAAUAGUGGAAAAACAACAUUUUAAGAAUAUUAUUGCCAAUGAACAACAUCCAAGCUUUUAUUGUAAAUUCAUUGAUUUUGAGCUAGCCAAGACAUUUGAUGAAGAAGAUGGUGAUGUUUGCUAUCUUUAUGGAACAUUGAUACAAUCAACUGCUGGAACGUCUAAGUAUAAUGCACCUGAGAAGGAAAUAAUUAGAUCAAACUUCAUUCAUCCAAAAACAGACAUCUUUUCACUUGGAUUAGUUUUUAUUGAGCUGAUCAUUGAACGUGAAAUUAAUAAGAAACAAAUAGAAAAUAUGAAUGAUGAAAUAUGGACCAUCAUUGAAGCUAAAUGUAAAGAUUUAGAUACAUCCAAAGGGCAAAUAAUAUUUACCAUGCUCCAGAAGAUGGUGAACAAUCAAAGAAAGGAAAGGAUAACUGCACGACAAUGCCUGCAACUGCUAGACAUUACCGAAACAGUUGACACUCAAGACUACACAUCAAUUUUCUUCCCUGACAAUAAUCAAAUAAGCCUCAAUUGUUUCAAUAAUGUCACAACACCAUCCAUGCAUGACACAGACAAAGCACAUUCUUUGGAUUCUUCUGAAAAAUCAAAGAAAAUAGUUUCCAUCAAGAAGAAGCAAUGCUGUAAAUGUAUAACAGGAAAUUGUAGGAAUUGUCGAUGCUCCAAGGAAGGUUGUACGUCAUGCAAAUCUAGUAAUUGUGAUAAUAAGAGAAAAAGUGACAACAUUGGUGGCAGUGAAAAUGUAAACCACCAACCUGAAUCAAAGAAAGUUAAAAAGUAA